GAGUUUGUAUUGCAGGUGUUUUCUACAAGCCUUCCAUCAUGUCAGCAUCAAUUCUUCAUGCAAAUUGCCCCCAGUAAAAAAAUAAUUUUUUUUUUAAAAAAGUAGGAAAAUUCUGUGGUUUGACAGCAACCAGCAAAACCUGCCUGUUGGUUUCUUCUAUCUGGAGGGUUUUUGUAGGGGUUUUCCUCCGUUUCUUUCACUCUGUAUCCACCCUUUUUAUCUCUUCUGAAAUAGCCCUUUUUGUAUUCACUUGUGGGCACAUUGAUGUGAUGAUAUAUUGAGGUUAGGAUUAUAGGGGAAGGGAAAAGGGAAUUGUUUGCAAGGAAGAAGAAAAAAUGGGUUCUUUGAGAGAUGAAACAGCGAGGAAUUUCCAUGAGGUGGUGGAAGAAAAAGAGGAAGAAGAACCCAUAUUAAUGGAACAAUCUCAAAGGUUCUGUAUGUUCCCUAUUAAAUACCCACAGCUUUGGGAGAUGUACAAGAAGGCUAUAGCUAGUUUCUGGACAGCUGAGGAGGUAGAUCUCUCUCUUGAUGUGCAACAUUGGCAAACAUUGUCUCAGUCAGAGAAGCAUUUCAUUAGCCAUGUUCUGGCCUUUUUUGCUUCUUCAGAUGGCAUUGUCUUAGAAAAUUUGGCUGCUAGGUUCUUGAAAGAUGUCCAAAUCCCAGAGGCUCGUGCAUUUUAUGGUUUUCAAAUUGCCAUUGAAAAUAUACAUUCUGAGAUGUACAGCUUGCUGUUGGAAACUUAUAUCAAAGAUUCCAGGGAAAAGAAUAGAUUGUUCAAUGCUAUGGAAAAUGUUCCUUGUGUGGCCAAAAAGGCCAACUGGGCUUUGAAUUGGAUUCAGAGUUCCAACACGUUUGCUGAGAGACUUAUGGCCUUUGCAUGCGUUGAAGGAAUCUUUUUCUCUGGAAGCUUCUGUGCCAUUUUUUGGCUUAAAAAGAGGGGAUUGAUGCCUGGAUUGACAUUCUCGAAUGAGCUUAUAUCAAGGGAUGAGGGUCUGCACUGUGACUUCGCUUGCCUCUUGUACAGCUUGUUGAAGAAGCGAGUGUCUUGGCAAAAAGUUCAACAAAUUUUCCAUGAGGCAGUUGAAAUAGAGAUUGAGUUCGUCUGCGAUGCCCUUCCUUGUGCCUUGAUUGGUAUGAAUGCUACACUGAUGAGCCAAUACAUCAAGUUUGUAGCGGACCGGCUAUUGGUUGCUUUAGGUUACCAGAAAAUAUACAGCGUUGAUAACCCCUUUGAGUGGAUGGAGUUUAUCUCCCUUCAAGGGAAAACAAACUUCUUCGAAAGGAGGGUCGGUGAAUAUCAGAAGGCUUCUGUCAUGCCAAGCUUGCAAGAUACAAAUCCCAAGAACUUUGUAUUCAAGCUUGAUGAAGAUUUCUAGUCAUCAAGAACCUUAAGGCCUAAAACACUGGCAGUAGACUUUUACAAGAUUUCUUUUGUAAAAUAUCUGUUCAUAGUAAGUAUCACUACCGAUGCGAAGUGCAUUUGAUUGCCUCUACUACUCUAAAGUAAUGAAAUUUCGUUUUUAAGCUGUCUUUCAUAACGUUAACUCGAACCUG